UCUCUCUCCUCCCCCAAACCCCAAAAAGAACCUAAAGACAUCAUCUCUCUUCUCCCACAAACCUGAAAAAAAACCUAACAACAUCAUCACUUUCUCUCUCUCUCUCUCUCUACGCCACUCAAGAAAAUCAAGAAACCCAUCGAACCCUCACGAACAUCUGAACAAGAACAAGAACAAGACCGCACGCCCCCACCCAACAGUGAAUCCCUCGUCGCCUUCCCAAGGCGAUGAUCCGCUGAACCUCUCCUCCCCAAACCCUACCUACCCACCAUCCUCUUCCUCCUCCUCCUCCUCCUCCUCCUCCUGCUUCCUCACAAGAUCCCCAUCAUCCAUGGCGGGCACCGGCACCACCCCCGCCGCCGCCUCCUCCUCCUCCUCCUCCUCCUCCUCUGCCGCCGCCGCCAGGUCCACCUCCGGCUCCAAGAAAGACGGGCAGCCCCUCCUCCUCGGGCGGUUCGAGGUCGGGAAGCUGCUGGGCCACGGGACCUUCGCCAAGGUGUACUACGCCCGCAACGUGGAGUCCGGGGAGGGCGUGGCCAUCAAGGUCAUCGACAAGGAGAAGAUCCUCAAGGGCGGCCUCAUCGCCCACAUCAAGCGCGAGAUCUCCAUCCUCCGCCGCGUCCGCCACCCCAACAUCGUCCAGCUCUUCGAGGUCAUGGCCACCAAGGCCAAGAUCUACUUCGUCAUGGAGUACGUCCGCGGCGGCGAGCUCUUCAACAAGGUCGCCAAGGGCCGGCUCCGCGAGGAGGUCGCCCGUAAGUACUUCCAGCAAUUGAUCUCCGCCGUCUCCUUCUGCCACGCCAGGGGCGUGUACCAUCGGGACUUGAAGCCCGAAAAUUUGCUUCUUGACGAGGAUGGCAAUCUCAAAGUCUCGGAUUUUGGGCUUAGCGCGGUGUCGGACCAAAUUAGGCAGGAUGGUUUGUUUCAUACGUUUUGCGGAACCCCUGCGUAUGUUGCCCCUGAGGUGCUAGCUAGGAAGGGCUACGAUGCGGCUAAGGUCGAUAUUUGGUCUUGUGGUGUGAUUUUGUUUGUCCUGAUGGCUGGUUACUUGCCCUUCCACGAUCAGAACAUCAUGGCCAUGUAUAAGAAGAUUUACAAGGGCGAGUUUCGGUGUCCCAGGUGGUUCUCGACCGAGCUAUCUAAGCUGCUCACGAGGCUCUUGGACACGAACCCGGAUACCCGGAUCACGAUUCCGGUGGUAAUGGAGAAUAGGUGGUUCAAGAAAGGGUUUAAGCAUAUCAAGUUCUACAUCGAGGACGAUAAGCUCUGCAGUGUGGAGGAUGGGGAGGAGGACGACAUGGGUUCUUCGUCGGACCAGUCUUUGUCCGAGUCUGAUAGCGAGGUGGAGAUGCGGAGGAAAGUCACGACAUUGCCGAGACCCGCGAGCUUGAACGCGUUCGAUAUCAUAUCGUUCUCUCGGGGUUUCGAUUUGUCGGGUUUGUUUGAGGAAGCAGGAGACCAGACGAGAUUUGUGUCGGGGGCACCGGUUUCGCAGAUUUUAUUGAAAUUGGAGGAGAUUGCAAAGUUGGUCAGUUUCACCGUAAGGAAGAAGGACUGCAGGGUGAGCUUGGAGGGGUCGAGGGAGGGAGUGAAGGGGCCAUUAACUAUUGCUGCCGAGAUAUUUGAAUUGACACCAUCUUUGGUGGUAGUGGAAGUUAAGAAGAAAGGCGGUGACAAAGGAGAAUAUGAUGAAUUCUGUAAUAGGGAAUUGAAACCUGGACUGCGGAAUUUGAUGAAGGAGGCAGCAACAUCUUCUUCGUAUUUGCCAUCUGAUAGUGAAUAGAGAGGGAGGAGAGAAUGGGUAUGCUUUUACCUCUCUCCUUUUCUUUGCUAAGCUUCUGUAUCAUAUUAUCCUUUUUGAUGUGCUUUUCUUUUUGGGGUGUACUUAGAUGGGGCAUUAACUGUUAUUAUAUAAUUUCAGUGCUAUUCUUGUAUCCAACAAGGAAGUACCAAGAGUGAAUAUGCAACUUUCUUAUAUCUUAGGCUCUAAGCUCUCUGCAAUGUUUGGCAUUGCCUUAUUUCAUAUCAACAUUACAAAUGGCAGGCAUGGUGCAGGCCAUUUUUUGUAUUUCAUAAGUACUGUGUGGUGGAAAAUUUGAGAUUGACAUUCGUAUCAAUCUCAAAGUGAUAAGCAUAUAAGCUCUAAAAGUC